AUGCAAUUCACAUAUGAAAUUCGAGAGGGUAGGAGAAAACGGGUUCUCUCGGUUGCAGGGCGUUUGGAUGCUGCGGGAGAUUGUGAUCUCGAUUGUGAUGAAGAUACUAACAGCUCUGUGUUUCCCUUAUGUGUUGUCACGAGGGGUAUUUACGGUAUUUUGUUACCUGUUGGUGGUGAACUCGGGUGUUUACAGAAAGGUGCUUUAUGUUCUGAUACUAGUAUUGGUCAAGGGGGGUUGAUGAAAGCGAAUAGCUCUCGAGUUAGAAGUGGAAAAGAAAGCUCAAGCCGAAAGAGAUAA